GCUUCGAUCUCCUUCCUGACCCGGUCCGAUUGGCCCCGUGGGGGUGGGCACUGGGCAGCCUCAAGGGGAGGGGCUGAGUUGUGUGUUUGUAUGUGUGUUGUUUUCCUCCUUUCUCACCUCCUCUGAUGGUCUCCUUCUCUCCCGCGCCCACCCUGCUUCCCCUUGGGCGAGGCCUGGGUUGGCUGGGUUUCCUCCGGCUUCCCAUUCCGUGAGCGUCCGGGUGGGAGAGAAGGGGAGAGAGGGGAAGGUCCUCGGCCUUCUCCACUGGGAUUGAGGGAUGGGGGCCCGUAGAGACCUACCGCCACUGCCGCUGCUGCUCCUGCUGACGAUGCCGGCCUGGAUCGACGGUCAGCCAGAUGCUCCAGAUACCUAUGGCGUCGAGCAGCCCCUGCAGAUCUCGGCCCCCGAGGGCAGCACCGUCACCCUUCCCUGCAGUUUCUUCCACCCCUGGAGGCUGGCCUGGCCCCCACAGGUGACCAUCAUCUGGAGAUGGCAGAAUUUCCACGGGCCAGCAAUCUUCAACUCCUCCGGGGUUAAGCAGGGCCGCCACUCUCUGGUCGGGGACCCCAAGAGAAAUACAGGGUCUCUGCAGAUCAGAGACCUGACAAAGGCGGAUGAGGCCCAGUAUUUCUGCCGGAUCUCGAUGCACACCACGAAAGGGAAGAAAUAUUGGCAGAGCGUCCUGGGGACGCUGCUCAUCGUGACGGAGCGGGUCCCGAGCACGACCUCGAUGACCUCGACGCUGGGGACCACGAGGACCACUGAAUCCCUACAAGCGACCGCAAGCCCCCUUAUAGGGCCGGUGGUCGGAGGGAGCCUGGGGGGGCUCAUCCUGGUGAUCGCCGUCCUGGUGCUCAUCGCCUGUCUCAUCCGGAGAAGGGCAGGGAAAGGAAAGGAAGAGGAUCUCAAAGCCAAGGGAUCCUCCAAGAAGUCCGAGGCCGAGUACGAAGAAGUGGGGCAGAAUCAAUAUUCCGUCAACCGCGAGCCCGAACCCGAGGACAGAGGCCUGGUCUACGCAUCCCUCACCCUGUCGGACCUGGCGCCCCAGACGUCACCUGUGAGCGCCCCUUCCCCCCGCCCCCGGGAGCCCGAGAUGCUGUACUCGGUGGUGCGGGGCCCAGUGAGCGGCCCUCCGGAGUGACUCCCUCCGCCCGCCCCCCUCGGUGUCCGCGGCUUUGGAGCAGGUCCGCUCCCCGGAGGGCCCCGUCUUCUGUGACGAAGGACCCCCGCGCCCGACCGGCAGCCGGCUUCGGCGGAGGGACGACCCCACUGGGCGGUCGCGUGGGCUCCAUCCCGGGACCUGGAAGACAACUCCAGGUUGAGCGCGUCUCCCAUCCCGCCAUUUUGGACUCAGGCGUUCGGCCCAGGAGGGGUCCAGAGCCUCAAAAUGGUCGGGGGGGGGAAGGGGCAGCAAGCCCUGUCCCAUCUCCCCAAAAUACAGAUGCCCUCUGCA